UGCAUGCAAAAUGGCUACCACCGCAGUCCAAGAAAAACACGUGGAACAUGGAGCAAACAACCCGAUUAAUUAUGAAAAUAAAAACAGUAAUGAAGACGAUAUUAAAAGCGGAACAAAAGAUGGAAAUCCUGGUUGGGCUGAUGCCAUGGCGAGGAUUUUGACCAAACAAAUACCUGAAGACAAGCCAGUAGUUUUGAGCAAAUACAAAAAAGUGGAAACAGAAAGGAAGCAAAAGCAGGAGGAAAUUUUAAAGCAAAAGCUCAUCACCCAAGAAAAGCAUGAGGCAAGGGAGAAGAAUCAUGUGAAACCGGCACCUAGUAAUGAUGAGAAGGAAAGAAACUUAAAGAGAAUUGCUACUAAGGGAGUUGUGAAGUUAUUUAAUGCUGUCAACAAACACCAGGAGGAUCUUGAUGUGAAACUUAAAUCGGCUCCAACUGAAGCGAAGAAGGUUAAAGUGAUGAAGUCUGUCUCCAAAUCAAGUUUUCUGGACAUGUUGAAGCAUGAUUCUAGUGAUGUGACUCCAUCUCAUCAGCAAGAGGAAACUAAAAAAGAUGGAUUGUCUAGAUGGAAUAUACUUAAAGAUGAUUUUAUGAUUGGGGGAACGAUGAAAGACUGGGACAAAGACGAUAUAGAAUAUGAGGAUGAAGUAAACCAACCUGUCGAUGACGAGAAUGAUGAACAUAUUGACUGAAAGCUCACUAAAAUUCACCGACGGAAUUUAUCAAAUAGACUUCACGCAUGGCAUUGUUGAAAUGCUUGUUGAAAGUUCGUGCGGCUUUGACGAAUCAUGUAAUGAAAAUGUCAGUGUCGUUGAUAGACUCACCCAAGUACCAGCCCUCACUUUUGGCUCACAAAGUAGUCAGCAAAAGAGUUAAUCGUUUUUUGUAAGCUUAGAAACUGCAUCACUUAUCACUAAACAAGUAAUGACGUAGUUAAAAAAAGCUUACAGGCACAUUCCCCAUUUUUAUGUAGCUAUGUAUCAUGUUUGUCAUAUUACACUAAGCUCAAGAGAAUUGCCUUGUAUUAUAUGAUGUUUUAUUAAAGUUUUGCAGCUACAGUAAA